ACAUAGAUAAUAUUAUAUUUAAAUCCACUCAAGAAAAGUUUACAGGCUAACGGCACAAUCUAAAGACUACAUAGUCCAGCUCUGUGCGCUAUGAAACCGAGGCAGCGUAAACAGUACUUCAGGAACAUGAAAAGAUCGGAUGACAGUGAGAGGGAAAAGAGGAGAAAGAGGCGGAGGCUUAUACAGGAACUGGGAGAGCAGAGGAUUCCCUAUCUUUCUCCUGCAGACCCAGGAUUUCAGGAACUGUGGGACUCCAGUUAUGCAGGACUGGCUUUACGACAGUCUAGUGCCCUGCCAGAUGGUCUCCAUGAGAGGGUGCAGUCUGCUUUGAGAACUCUUCAGCGGCGUGGAUGUCUCCUCCGAGAUCUUGUUCGAGUCCGAGACCGGGACGUCUUCACAGCUGUUUCCCGUGCUCUCGUGGGUCAGCCGGGCUACACAUACCGUUAUCUGGACACCCGUCUGUUCACCAUCCCCUGGCACUGUGAGGGAGAAGAAGGCCAGAAAGAUGAGAAAGGCAAACCUUGCUGUGACUCCGACCUGAGGGACGCUUGCAAAGCAUUAUGGGAGCUCAAUCAGUUCUUUUGCUCGGAUGUAAAGCAGCAGAUGAAUGCAAGAGGUGUCAAGCGUUCCCGCAGUGACACUGAAAACAGUGAAGACACACCAGGGGAGGGAAUGUGCGAAGAGAGUGUUAAGGACAGGUUACUUGAGGAGAAGCAGGAGAAAGAGGAGGAGGAGGAGGAAGAGGAAGAAGACAGCGGUCAGGGCUGUUCUCAUUCCUCACCGCCUUCAUCUGCUCCGCCACCUGAUGUGGCCGGCCUGGUUCAGUUUAACAUUACCCUCAUUAACUACAUGGACCCUACAGCCAUGACCCAGCUGAAGGAAGAGCCGUAUUAUGGCAUGGGCAAGAUGGCGGUCGGUUGGCAUCAUGACGAGAACCUGGUUCCUCUAUCACCAGUUGCUGUCUACAGCUAUAGUUGCCCAGCAGAGCCAAAGAAUGAAGGGAUGACUGAAAAGGAUGGGGAGGGACAGAGUAAAGAAAAAGAAAAAGAAGCAGAGACAGAAGGUGAAGGAACAAGUAAAGAUGAACCGAAGAAAGAAGAAGGAGAAGGGUCGGGGAAGGAGGAAGUACAAAAAGAGAAAGCAUGUUGGCGUGUUGGACUGAAGGUGGCCUGGGACAUCCACACACCAGGUCUGGCUUUGCCUCUACAGUCCGGAGACUGCUACUAUAUGACAGAUGAUCUGAAUCGGACGCAUCAGCACUGUGUACUGGCUGGUGACACGGCUAGAUUCAGCUCUACUCACAGAGUUGCACAGUGUUGUACAGGAACGCUGGACUACAUAAAGAAACGCUGCGCAGAGGCCUUGGAGAAUUUACACACCGACUCUGAGAAGACCACCAAGAGCCUGAAGUCCCUCCUCCCCUCCACCCUCCAGCACAUUGAGGACAUCCACAACGAGGUGGAGUUUGAAUGGCUGAGGCAGUACUGGUUCCAGGGCCGGCGUUACGCUCGAUUCUGCAGCUGGUGGACUAAACCCAUGGAACAGAUGGAGAAAGACUGGAAGGAAAUGGAGCGAAUGACUCAGCUGCUGUUGGCUGUGGUAGAGGACGAGGACACGGUGCAGGAGAACAGAAGAGAGAUGGCAGACAUUUUACUGAACGCCCUGACGGACAGACAGCAGCACAGACAGACAUGGAGGGACAGAUGCCAGUCAAGCUUGGCACAGACCUUGCCCCCUGAGGAAGCACCUUUCGACCGACCCUAUUGGAGUAAUGAAGAUCCUGACAUGCCCCUCCCCUUUGACCUCUCUGAAAUCAUCAACCGCGUUGAGUCGCUUCUCUGGAGGAUGUGAGGUGUUAGUGAAGGGGUGAGAUAAAUGGAGAGAAAGAAUGUUAUGAAGUGGAUGUUAAGAGAUGGAGGCCGGGAUGGAGAUCACAGGUGACAAAAAAAAGAGACAAUACAACACACACCUGAUUAGUUUUUCCUUGCUUUCUUGCUUGAAGACCAACAUUCAUCGUAACCACACCACAUUGAGAUCCACUCGGAUGAAUGGAUGGAUAUAAGGAUGGAUACAGGGUGACAUCUGGACGGGACAUUUUAUUUCCUAUUUCCAUCAGUAUCGUUUACUAUCACUUUAACAGAGUCUGUAGUGUUACAAUGACCAUGCAUAGACACAUAUCAGUAGUAGCAUAUGACACCUAUUCAUAAAUAUAGCUAUAUAUAUCCAUUAAUGUAUGUAUGUUUUAGUUCAGUUCUCCAUAUAUCCUCUGAAGCUUUUUUUUUUUUGGACAGGCAUUAUGUAGAAGUAUACAGUAUAAACAGUUCAUUUCUCCUCUGCGUGUGUGUUUUUUCUGCCUGCAAUCUUUUUAGGGGGAAAUUUGGUAAAAAUAAAAUAUGACAUUGUGGGGGUGUAUGACAUCAUCAUUAACUGGUGUCAUAUACAUGCCGUUGCCUUUCACCUGGCGUAUUGUCUAGGGAUUUAGUGUGUUUGAAUGUGUGCGUGUGCAUCCAUCUGACUGUUUUUAGGAAGAAGGUCAAGUAACAGUUCUUAGACUGGCUUUGUCAGUGAUGUUUGUCUAUAUAGGCGCAUGUAGGUACGAGGCACACACAUGUGUAUGUCAUCUUUUAGACGGUUUUAUUUCUGUGUGACUGAAUAUGAAUGUGUGUGUAUGUGUACAUAAGAUGUUUCUCUCCCAAGCCAGGUAGUGUCGAUAGGCGGCUCUUGCUGAGCUCUCCAAGAGAACUUAUACCCCUUGCAUCGCAUAAUUCUCGCAGCUCAUUGGCUCCUAACUUUUUAAUAACGCCUGCCUAUGUCUGAAAUGCUGCCAGUUUCGGGAGGAAUGCACUCAAACAUCGUCAAAUGAUUGAAGGGUGAAGAAAAGCACUCUGAUGUCCUCUAAGCGAAUGAAGGAUGAAUGAAAAAGGGAUGACUGUUGAAGUCCAGCAGCUUUCUUUUUCUUUGUAUGUUUUUCUAUGUCAUCAGUGUUAAUGUAGAAGAUCCAUAUUAUAGUAUUCGAUGAAGAUGCUUAAAUGUGUUUUAUACUUUUGAAGUUUUAGAGUUGUCAUUGGUUGCCAAAUAUUGUGUUCUUGCCGAGUAAAUGCUGUGAGGUUGGUAUAUAAAUAUAUAUAAAUAAUCUUUA